AUGGGGUACUUGAAGCAAAUUGAUAUAAAAAAUUUUAAGUCUUGGCGAGGAAACCAAAUAAUUGGCCCAUUUAAACGAUUCAAUUGCAUUAUAGGGACAAAUGGAUCAGGAAAGUCGAACAUAAUGGAUGCUUUGGGAUUCGUAAUGGGCGAGCGGGUGUCAAACCUCCGUGUGAAGCAUACCAGGGACCUAAUUCAUGGAGCUCACAUCGGUAAACCUGUCUCGGGCAAAGCCAGUGUCACCAUGCGGUACUGCGCCGAUAAUGGCGAGGAAAUCAAUUUCUGCCGAAGCAUUUCAGGGGACUCGUCGGACUAUCGCAUCAAUGGUCAACAGGUCACUCUGGCUAAAUACACAGCGGAGCUGGAAAAGAUCGGCAUCGUCGUUAAGGCUAGGAAUUGUUUGGUGUUCCAGGGCACUGUGGAGUCUAUCGCCAUGAUGAACACCAAGGACCGGACGAAAAUGUUUGAGCGAAUCAGUAACUCCCUCGAUCUUGUCAAUGAGUAUGACUCCUCUCUGGCCGCCCUGCAGAGGGCAAAGGAGGACGCCCAGUUUUGCUUUAACCGGAAGCGAGCAGCCACUGCUGAGCGGAAGCAGCUUUUCAGGGAUAAGGCAGAGGCAAUGAAGUACCAGGCACUAGUCGAUGAUCUUGAGAAGAGCAAAGUCCAGCUGAAUCUGUUUCAGCUCUAUCACAAUCAGAACGGUAUUGAGACGCUGUUGGAUUCGCUGAGGCAGAAACAGGAGGUUGUGGCGACCAAGAAGAGCACCCUGGAGAUAUGGGAGCAAGCAGUUAAGACGCACAAAAAGGAGCAUGGACGUCUGAACCGCGAACUCCAGCAGCUAGAAAAGGAGAUCCGGAGUCAGGAGCAGACCCUUGGCCAGCAGCGUCCCCAGUACAUCAAGGCGAAAGUGAACGUGACGCAUCACCAGCGCAAGGCAGAGGAGGCGCGGGGAGCACUGCAGAAGAGUGAGAAACAGUGGGUUCAGAAGGAGCAGCAGGUUGAGGAGCUGCAGAGAGAAAUGGAGGAGUUAGAACAAGCCUGGAGAACAUUUGAACGGGAAGCAGAGAAACAGAGAGCAAGGACAGGAAGGGAUGUGACCCUGGGGAAGGCUCAGCUCGAGCACUAUGAGGAGCUGAAGGAACUGGCCAGGAAAAAAACUGCUGUCCUCAGACAGAACGCUGAGAAACUACACUGGGAAUUAAAGGCAGACAGGGGGAAGCUGGAAUUUGACCAGAGGAAGAAAAACGAAGUUGAGGCACACCUGAAGCAGGCCCAGGACCAGCUGGAUGACCUGAACAGACGGGCUGAGAAACUAGAGGAGUACAUGAACACCUGCAAUGUGACGCUGGUGGAGCAGCAGAGGCAGGAGGAGAGUCUUGUGGAGGAGCUGGAGAGAGGACAAAAGCGUAUGCAGGAGGUGAACGAGGAGCUGUCUGAGGUGCUGGGUGAGCUCCAAAGCGCUCGUAUGGACAGUCACGAGAGCCGACGACAGCAGAAACGAGACGAGGUGCUGGACAGCCUGAAGAGACUCUACCCUGACGUGUUGGGUCGCCUGGUCGACCUGUGUCAGCCCAUCCAUAAGAAGUACCAGCUGGCCAUCACUAAGGUGUUUGGCCACUACAUGAACGCCGUGGUGGUGGCGUCGGAGAAGGUGGCACGAGACUGCAUCCAGUUUUUAAAGGAGGAGAGAGCUGAACCAGAGACCUUCCUGCCUAUCGACUACCUGGAGGUGAGUCCUCUGAAUGAGCGCCUGCGGGGAAUGUGGGGAGCCAAAAUGGUGGUGGACGUGGUGCAGUGUUCUCCUUCUCUGCCCCAGGUGAAGAAAGUGCUUCAGUUUGUGUGCAGGAACGCCCUGGUCUGUGAGACCCUGAAGGACGCGCAACAUAUCGCCUUUGACCGCACAGAGCGUCUCAAGACGGUGGCUCUUGAUGGGACCAUGUUCUCUAAGUCAGGGGAGAUUUCGGGAGGGUCUGCACACCUCCGCAGUAAAGCCCAGCGCUGGGACGACAAGACCGUGAGAACACUGAGAGAGCGCAAGGAGCAGCUGACUGCAGAGUUACGUGCUCUGAUGAAACUGAAGCGUAAAGAGGCAGAGCUGAAGCAGGUCAGUGCCCAUGUGAAGGGGGUCCAGACACGGAUGAAGUAUUCCAGCUCUGAAAAGGAUGUGAUCCAGAGGACGAGCCUUCCGGCCAGUCAGGCGGAGAUCUCCAGACUGGAGAGUGAGCAGAGAAACCUGGAGUCUCAGAUUCAAAUACAGACUCAAAAUGUGGAGAUGAAGGAAAAACAACUCAGACAGAUGGAGGACCAAGUCAGACAGAUUGGGGACGUGGUGUUUUCAGACUUUUGUGUGGAGAUUGGCGUGGCCAAUAUCCGUGAGUACGAGCAAACACAGGUCAGAGAGCAGCAAGAGCUUGAUGAGAAACGCCUGCAGUUUGAGUCUCAGCGUCUGCGGCUGAACACACAGCUGGAGUACGAGCAGGGGCAGCUGGAGCAGCAGCGCAAAAAAAUAAAACAGGCCAUGGACACCAUCAGCAAAGAGGAGAAACUCAUCUCCAACCUGAAAAAGGAGGAGGAGAAGCUUCUAGAAGCCGUGGAUGCGACCGAGUCCAAAUUAGGAGAUUUGAAGAACCUGCUGGUGGAGAAGAAGGACCUGGUCAAAGGCGCUUCGGCCGAGGUGGAGCAGAAAGUCAAAGGCCUGCAGGAGACUUCCAGGGAGUUGGUGAAACUGCAGAAGGAGGUGAUCUCCGUGGAGACAGUGUUGGAGCAUAAGAGGCUGUGCAGACACAACCUGCUGCUGGCGUGUAAGAUUGAGGCCGUACCCAUCACACUGCUCUCUGGGUCCUUAGACCAGAUCAGUGACGUCCAGCUGGACUCUGAGUCGCCGAGCAUUAGUUCACUGGACAUCUAUGAAAGAGAAGACCAGAUGGUGAUCGACUACAGAGGACUAGAGGACGAGCUGAAGGUGCUGAUGGAGGAGGAGGAGAAGGAGAAGCAGCUGGGGUGUCUGCAUGAAGCUGUGUCUUCUCUGGAAGGGCUGCUCCAGCGCUCCACUGCUCCCAACCUCAAAGCUCUUGAGAAGAUGAGGGAGGUGAAGGAGAGCUACCAAGUGGUGCUGGAGGCCUUUGAAUCCAGUACAAAAGCAGCUAAAAAAUGCCACCAGGAGUUUGAACAGGUGAAGGCCAAGCGUUUCCGUCUGUUUAGCCAGUGCUUUGAGCACGUGUCCGUGGUCAUUGAUCAGAUCUACAAGCAGCUCUGUAGGAACAGCAGCGCCCAGGCCAUCCUCAGUGCUGAGAAUCCGGAUGAGCCGUACCUGUCUGGCAUUAACUAUAACUGUGUGGCCCCUGGUAAACGUUUUAUGGCCAUGGACAAUCUGUCAGGGGGAGAGAAAUCUGUCGCUGCCCUUGCUCUGGUCUUCGCCAUCCACAGUUUCCGUCCUGCUCCUUUCUUUGUGCUGGAUGAGGUGGAUGCAGCUCUGGACAACACAAACAUCGGCAAGGUGACGAGUUUCAUCAGAGAACAGUCUAGAGAAUCCUUUCAGGUCAUUGCCAUCUCUCUUAAAGAGGAGUUUUACUCACGGGCUGAUGCCCUGUUUGGAGUCUACUCUGAGUUUAACCAGUGCAUGUUCAGCCGCGUCCUCUCUCUGGACCUCACCCCUUACCCCCUGGACAACGACCAAGAGAGAGAGACGGAGAUGUAG